CCUUCAUAUUUAUGGCCUCCGCCACUUGCUGCUCGCCUCACCGCCUAUUCUCCCUCCCUCCCUUUCCCACGGCCUGAUGCAUGAAUUGGCCUCUCUCGCCGUAUAUGUGCACAAUCCGUCUACUGUACCUGCCAUACCUCUAAUCGUACCUCUCGCUCACUUAUUUAGCCUACCACGAAUCAACGCAGACUCAGCAUCGCGGCCGGCUACUAACGCAUCCGUACCUGCGUCGCGGGGUUAGUCACCAUGUCGUCGACACGGAUGGCCACGUCAUCAUCCAUGGCGUUAGUGGGCUCCCUACUCUCCAUCAUCAACGAGAUCGCCGCGCUCGGACCGCGCCUCCGCAGCCACAAGCGCUCGUGUCAGAAUCUCAUCCGUCGGAUCAAGCUGCUCGCGCCGCUCUUCGAGGAGAUUAGAGACGUCAAGAGCCCGCUGCCGCCGGCGGCGGUGGUGGUGUUUCAGAACAUGCGGUCGGCGUUAAGCGCGGCGAAGAGCAUCCUCGAGGACUGCAGCAGCGGCAGCCGCAUCUGGAUGGUGAUGGAGCGCGAGGCGAUGGCGGAGCGCAUGCGCGCGCUGAACAUGGAGCUGAGCAAGGCGCUGGAGGACCUGCCCAUGAACGUGAUGGCCAUCUCCGAGGAGAUCCAGGAGCAGGCCCAGCUGGUGCAGGUGCAGCUGAAGCGCAGCCGCGCCCUGGACGACGCGCAGGAGGAGCAGCUGUACGCCGACGUGCGCCACAUCCUCUCCGACCCCCGCCUGGGAGGCCCGCCCCUCAACAGCACCACCAGGCAGCCCGCCGCCACCGCUCCCAGCAGCAGCAGCAGCACGGGCUCUGGCAGCAAGGGAAGCAGCCGCAGGGAGAUGGGCGCCGCUGCUCUGGCAGCAGCUCUGGCUGACUGCUCCGAACCGACGAUCGUCAUCCCCGUGGUGCCCCAGUCGCCGAACCCUGCUGCUCCCCCUCCCUCCCCUGCCAUCCUCUCCUCCUUCCCCUCCUUUUCUUCCAAGGGCGGGGAUCUCACUAAGGGCGUUCCUGGUGUUACUAUUACUGUGAUAUCGUCUGGUGGGGCGGAAAACGACGCAGCAGACGCAGGGGCGUCUGCGGCAGUUUCGCCUUUACCCUCGCUAAGUUCCGUGGAGGCAGGGUUACUAGACCCUGUUCUUGGCAAGCUCGGGCUGACGUCCCUACCAUCCGUUUUGGACGAGCUGGCCUCCUUAAAACGAGCGCGGGAGCAGGUUAUAGAGGAGACGGACGCGGCGGGGGGGGGAGGAGGAGGAGGAGGAGGAGGGGAGUCGGCAUUGGAGAAGCUGAGGCAGAGGCUGAACCACGAGCUGAAGGUGGGCAGAGAUAUGAGUCUCUUGCCAGAGGAGGAGAGGGGCAGCGGUCGAAGCCGAGGGGGAGGGAAAGUGUCCCCCUCAGGCAGUUCUCAACGCGCUGCUGGUUCGCCCAGGACCCUGGCUUCGCCCAAAGGUGUUGUUUCUCCCAGGGAUAGAGGGGGGGCGCAUGUUUCGCCCGAAGGGGACGGCAGAAUGGGCUCGCGGGCAGCUGCAGAGCGCAGGGUGACUGCAGAGUCGAGAAAGGCGGAGAAGCUGAGGGAGCUGGAGAAGAUUAUACUGUUACUGGAGAGGCUUAAAGUGAGUCUCAGUGGAGGGAUGGAGGAUACGGAGGAGAGCGGGGGUGGAGGAGGAAGAGAGAGGGGAAUGAGGAAGUCGGGGAGUGGGGAUGGGUCGGGAGGGGAGGAGGGCGAGGGGCAUGCGGAUGAUGGUGUGGAUAGGGGCGGCAUUGGCGUUGGCACUGGGUCGGCACUGCGGUCGAAAUCCGGGCGGCUGGUGGUGCCUCCGGAUGACUUUCGUUGUCCUAUCUCGCUUGAGAUUAUGCGGGAUCCGGUCAUAGUGUCCACAGGCCAGACGUACGACCGCGCGUACAUCGAGCAGUGGCUGAAGGAGGGCCACAAGACGUGCCCCAAAACCCAGCAGAUCCUGUCGCAGCCAGCGUCGCUCAUUCCCAACUUCUCCCUCCGCAGCCUCAUCCAGCAGUGGUGUGAGGCCAACGACGUCGAGCUGCCCAAGCGCACCCACCGCUCCAGCCACCGCCACCGCCACCACAGCAGCAGCAGCAGCAGCGGGGGCGGUGGGGGCGGUGGGGGCGGUGGGAGCAGCGGGAGUGAUGGGGCUGGUGGGGGGGAAGGUGGUUCGGGUGGGGGAGGUUCCGGUGGGAAUGGGGAUGGAGGCCCGGCCGAGCUUUCGGCGCCGGAUCGGCAGCAUGUGAUGCAGCUAAGGGACCGGCUUCGAUCGCCAGAGAUUGAGGUUCGGAGGAGUGCAGCGGGGGAUGUGAGACUGCUGGCAAAACGGAGCGUGGCGAACCGAGUAGCCAUGGCAGAGGGGGGUAUCAUCCCCCUGCUGGUCGAUCUACUCCCCGACCCGCUCCCGGCUGACGCCAAGAUGCAAGAGAAUGCGGUUACCGCGUUACUGAACCUCUCGAUCAACGACCCGAACAAGAGCCUGAUAGUCUCUGCGAGGGCCAUCCCUGCCAUAGUCCGGGUCCUGGAGAAGGGAGGGAGCAUGGAGGCUCGGGAAAACGCCGCCGCAGCGCUGUUCUCACUCUCCGUCAUGGACGAAAACAAGAUUUCGAUCGGGCAGGCCGGGGCGAUCCCAGCGCUGGUAGACCUCCUCAAGAGCGGAUCCACACGAGGGAAGAAGGACGCUGCUACUGCUAUCUUUAAUCUGUCUAUUUACCAGGGGAACAAAUCCAGGGCCGUGCGAGCAGGGGUGGUCGAGCCUCUGAUCGACCUCCUCAUCCACCGUCGAUCGAGCAUGAUGGACGAGGCUCUCGCGAUCCUGGCCGUUCUUUCCACGUCCCCAGAGGGGCGCACGGCGAUAGGGGAUGCGUCAGCUGUACCUAUCCUUGUGGAGUUGAUGAAGGACGGGUCCCCGAGGAACAAGGAGAAUGCCGCCUCGGUGCUGCUGUCGCUGUGUCUCAACGGCCGCGGGCACACGGAGUUAGCGGUGCAGUGCCGUGCCAUGGCGCCGCUGCAGCUGCUGCUGAGAAGCGGCACGCCGAGAGCCAAGAGAAAGGCGUCGCAGCUGCUGCAGCACCUGCAGGACCAGGACCUCAUGCCCCGGAGUAGCUGAGUAGCUGAGCUUUCAGGGUGCUGAUUCAGCUGAAUGACUAUGACAUGUCAUGGGCCAUGGCUAUGGGUGGUUGUUAGGAGAAAGCCAUCAGCUGCUGCAAUGCCGGAAGGACCUGAUUCAAGCUUAUUUGCGUGCUUUUGCUGUGCUCCAGUACAGAGAGCUUAUGUGUAGGGGAACCUGAGUGUGCUGCAGAUGCAGCCUUAUGUGACUUAUUGCUAUGGGUAGCUGAGGGUCCCUUUUUGUGCCAGUGUGGCUUGCCUUAGGUGACAAGUACACUUGCAUGUGCUGGUUUGGUAUGUCUCUGGCUGCAUAUAUAUCCCAUCCAGGGUGGAAGACAGGCUUACUGGCUGCUUUAUUCCCCUCGAUACCCCAGAUCA